UUCCGGUCGACAUUACACAUGUGCUCCUGGCAGUGGUAGAGGACACAUAUACCUGUGGCCGGCUAAUUGUAAUUAAUCAUGGCCUUAGCUCGUUUCAUAUCACAUUUAUCUGGAAGGACUAUCCAUUAUUGCAGAAGAGUUCACCCAGUAAUACAGCGAUGGCAUGUCAAUAGAUACCAGAAUGAUCCCACUAACUGCCAUAAAAUCACCACUACAUCUUUCUUCUCUACUACAUCAUCGUGUCAAAAUGAAGCCCUUGCUGUAGGACCACAUGUGGAAGAUACUACUAAAGAAUAUUCUCCUAAAAUUCAAAAAUUAGUCGAUGAAAUUGGAGCUUUGACUCUUUUAGAAGUUUCCGAUUUGAAUGAAUUAUUAAAGAAAACUUUGAAUAUCAAAGACACUCCCAUGAUGUCAGCAAUGCCUAUGGCUGCUGCUGCACCAUCUUCGACAGAGGAUACUGAAGAAGCUCCUUUAAAACAAGAACAAACAAUCUUCACUGUGAAAUUAGUAUCAUUUGAUGCUGCUAAAAAGAUACCAGUUAUCAAAGAAAUAAAGAAUUUAAUGUCGGGUUUUAAUCUUGUACAGGCCAAGAAAUUUGUUGAAGCAGCUCCUCAAACCAUUGAAUCCGAUAUUCCCAAAGAAGAAGCCGAAAAAAUUAAAGCUGCCUUAGAAGCUGUUGGUGCUCAAGUUGAGAUUGAAUAAUGUCUUGAUUGCUUAGAUUAUGCCAUUAUACCUUUCUUGAUACUAUGUAUAUAGUUUUCUCACAAUCACUAGAUAUCCAGUUAUUAAAAGUAUUUUUUGUUUUGUUUUUAAUUACAAAAAUG